AGCUUAGCUCGGUUCGGCUCACAGCCUCGCGGUAUCGGAAGUUCUGCAAAGUACUCUGAAAGAUCCAAGUUCUCGCGCGCACUCUCCCUCGAGCGGGUCCGCGCGUUUCGCUUCACCGGACAGAGAGUCCGGGACGAUUUCUCUCUCCGGCCGCUCGCGAGAAUUCUGGCCCGAUCGAGCGGCGACUAGAAUACCUGUUGCUCUACGUCCUCUCGCGAGGAGACCGGCAAGCGCGUUGGUGCGCAGUUUGCGGACGAGAUAGCACGGUGACGUGAGGCACAUCGAGAAAUCAUGGGAACGAUAUCAUGGCGACUGUCCACGAUGACGCUGAUGUUGAUGAUGCAUUCUGAUCUGCUCAGUGCUCAUCGUGAACACAAGGUUCAUAAUAUCGUGCUGUAUCCAGAUAAGCACAGCUGGUGCAAGACGACGCCUAUAAAGCAAGUGGUAACAUGGCCCCAGUGUUCCUCACAGGAAUUGGACAACAAUGUAUGCGUCGGUGCUUGUUUCUCGUACAUGGUCCCUCACAGCGAACCGUCCGCACCCGGUGAUCUCAUAAGACCUUACUGCGACUCCUGUCAACCUCUGGACAGCGUUUGGCAUACUGUUACGCUAGACUGCAAAGACGAGCAGAAUAAUCCAAUAACUAUGCAGAAGAAAGUGCAGAUCAUCACAAACUGUUCUUGCAGUUCUUGCAUGGAGACCUCGAAAAUCAAGCCGGAUUACAACACCCUAUUGCAGUCUCUGACGGAGGAAAAUUUGGAUAAAAACGUGAACGUAGCACACGAGACACCCGAUUUACUGCUGGACUACAAUGCCUCGAAGAACACGACGAGGGACGGGGCUCAGGCUAACGAGCGGUUCCAUCAACUUUUAAAGAAAUUGAAGGACUCGCAAAAACAAAACGAAUCCGGUGUGACGGAAUUAUUCUCCAAGUUUGAGGAAGAGGUUGAGUUAGAGAAAUUGAAGGAGUUGUUCAAAAAAUACAACCAAGAAGACAAGGAGGCUCAGCACGAGCACCAUCAUCAGCAUCAACAUGAGCAUCAGCAUCAACAUCAGCCGCAGCAACAGCAGCAUCUUCAUCACGGACCGCAUCACUCUCUAGUGCUGGACCCGGACGUGAAGGAGAAGAUUGAUGUAGAACCGCAUUAUCUGCAACCCGCCGUUGCUGGCGGAGAGAUCAGUUACCACGACAAUAUCGUGGUGGGAAAGGAGAAGAAGAAGGACUUUUAAAGGCGUCGAAGCGGUAUUCAUCGCACGACGGAUGUCGCCUUCGUUCGCCACGCUCGCAAAAUUCGCAGGAGUCGGUCGAGAUUCGUAGAAAACGCAUGCGUAGGUAACUUUGAUAAGAUUUGAAUACCUAGUCUAUUAUCUGAUUUUAACUUUGCGCGUAUCAUUAAUUUGCGUAGCGAUAAUUGGAUCGUGAGGUAUUAAUUGUUGACCAUGAAUAUUUAUUGCGGAUCAUGAGAUAAUCAUAUCUGCAAAAAUAAAUCUUUAUUUUUUAUAGGAAAGCACAUCAUAAGAAAUUCACAUAAAAUAACAUGUGUACGAAACAUGUGUGUCGAAAAUUAAUGUGAACCUGCUGUUUCGAAAUUUAUUCUUGCCACUAUUAAACUCGCUAUUGAAAAUAAGAAAGAGAGAUGCUAAGCAAGAGCGUAUGAGAGAGAGAGAGAGAUAGAUAGAGAGAGAGAGAGAGAGAGAGAGAGAGAAAGAAGAAAAGAGAGAGUAGAAAAGAUUGGGAUGGGAGAAAAUUCUAAUAUAUAUUUAAUUGUUAUUAUGUUAAUUAAUUAUUUAAAGAACUGCACAGAACAAUCGGGCGUUUACUCGACUUUAAAACACACGGAGUGACGCUUAGUGAGAUCUGUAUCUCGAUCGAUGAAUGUAUGAGUAAUAUUUUUGAGCCUGAAUAACAGUCUCGAUAUGUUGUCGACUAUUAUGAUAUAUGCAUUGUAUUCUUCUAGAGAAUAAAGACCGUCAGUGGUCUUAUUUCAUUUA